AAAGAUUCUCUCCUGAAAAUGUAGCCAGGUUUAAUAGCCAGGACAGGCAGGAUUAAAAGCCAAGUCUCCUAAGUCACACCUUGCUUCCCCAUCACUUACACCUGGAUGAAAUGUUGAGUUCCUUUAUGGAUGCUUUCAUUCCACUCUGCUCAGUCCUGAAUGCACAAAUCCAAAAUGUUCCUAAACCUCUGUUGUCAGAACUAGGUUUUGGAGGUACUGCAAAGAGAAGCGAGAGGCCAGAACAGGUGACAUGCUUAAUGUGCCAGAUCACAUGGGAACAGGACAUGAUGCACCCUGUGUGUCACAGGGCACUGGGAAGGCUGAGUGGCUGCUCUAUUUCACAGCCAGCAGUGAAAGCAUCCUUUCCAAGAAUGUUUGCAUGUUGGGAGCUUCUUGAUAGCUGUUCUGAAAAGCUGAUGAGGCAAGCGACAGUGCGUUAUUUUUCUCGGCCCCAGUCAGCUCUUGAGUGCCCGGCUUGGGCACCUCGGCUUCUCUUCGGGGCCAGCGCUUGUCGCUAUUUCUGGGCGCUUCUGCUGCCGCGCUCCGGGGCAGGCUGGCCGCGCUUUGCCGUCGGCGCAAGGGAGAAAACAAAGGUAGGGAAAACGUCCAAAUCCGUCCGCGUGGCAGCUGGAUGCUUUAAUGGUUGCAAGAGACGCAAUGGAGAAGCCACAGCCCGCUCCCAACCUCGCGUGGAAGAAAGUGGCAAAGGAACCAGGGAGGGAGCGGGAUGA